AUGCCGACCACUACUGUCCACGUAAUUCCCAUCGGACGUCUCGAUGCGGCCAACCCCACGAACAAUAUCAUCUCGAACAACGGCUGGCUUGUGGACACUCCUUUAAACGUCGCCAACUUGGAAAAAGCGUGGUGUCGAUUGAAUCAUGUUUGGCCCAUUUUAUCGUCCAGGCUCAAGAAGAACGCUCGCACUGGCGACCUGGAGUUUCAUGUGCCCGAGCAGUCCGCGAUCGUCGCAGGGAGUGGCUUCACGACAUGUACCGUGCUCGGACCGGUGUCGACCCAUUUCCAAUACCCGAAGCCCACGGAAACAAUCUCAUGCGUAUCUCUCGAUAUUCCGCAUCACUUCUACUCUCAUCCCUCUCGCUGUUCCGCCGACGCGCUACUGAACAAGGAUGCGCCCGUCGCGGCCCUUCAUGUAACCUGCUUCGAUGACGCGACGAUCGUCGGGCUCUCCGUCUCACACGCGCUCGUGGACGGCUCGGGGACGCAGGCGAUUAUAUUGGCCCUUCUCAGCCUCAUCAAGGGCGAAGAAGUCGAACCGCUAUCCACGCACGACGCAUUCGAGACCUACCAAACCGCCAAAAAUGUUUCUCCUCCAGACGGUUUCAGGAUUUUCAGCCUCUGGCAGCUUAUCCUUCUUGUAUUGGCUACGCUGAGUGACUGGAUACGGUCGCCGAGGGGCGGGUUUCGUGUGUUGUAUUUCCCAGCCAAGGAAGUCGAGCGUAUCAAGUUGCAGGCGAUGGCCGACAUCUCCGCGAAAGAGGGCCUGGAGAACGGGGAGUGGAUAAGCACUAGCGACGCUAUAGUGGCUUUUUUGCUCAAGUGUAUGUAUGCUUCCGAGAAGAGGCAUAAACCGCUCGGCGUCGCGUAUCUGGCCAACGUCCGCAAGCACUUCGCGUCUAUCAUCCCGCCGACUUACCUACGCAACGCGAACGUCGGCAUCUCGAUCGCCAUCCCGGACGCGUCCGCGGUGGCGACCACAUCGCUCGGCUCGCUGGCGCUCAUCGUCCGGCGAUCGCUCCUGGCACAGACGCAGCCCGCGGCUCUGGACCACUACGUCCAGUGGCGCAUCGCUAACCCGAAGCAGAUGCCGAUGUUCAUGCAGCCCGGCGGACUCUGGGCCGCGUUCACCAACUGGCGCGAGAUGGGCUUCAUGUCGAUCGACUGGACCCCGGCCGCGCUCGACGCGGGCGCGACGAAAAAAGCGACGUGCCUCUACCUGCACUCGUUCGGGUACGCGCCGCUGAACCUUCGGAACGCGUUCGUGAUCGGGCCCGAUGACCCCUCCGGCGGGCUGUGGGCGCUCGGAAGCUUGUCGAACGCGCUGUGGAAAGACCAGAACGGCUUUGGGCAAUAUUGGCGGUAA